AUGGCAAAAGUAGGUACUUUGCUGCUCGAUGGUUGGCUACCAGCUAAAUCUCUGCCAGACACCCCCCUUCGCCAGGCAGCAACUCGCCGCAGCUCUCGAGUGGCCUCUUCAGCGUCUCAGGCCCAAGGUCAGCCUGGGACAGACGAGAAGCAGCAGAAGCAGAAGCAGGUCGCAGUCAUGGUCGCCAUUCCAGUGAAAAAGGGCAGUUUUUCAGCCUCAGUUUCAGGUUCGACUUCAUCAUCUCGGGCCGGCGAGAGUCCAGUCGGGGACAGCACGCCCGCUACAACGGCCACUGCAACGCCGAACAACGAGCCUGAGUCGAGUACCCGGCGAUCCGGCAGGGUCAAUGCCGCUGCUCGAGCACUGGAGUUGAGAAACAGCUCUCUUGGCUUGAACGGCAGGAAGAGAACAGCCAAUGCAGCCGCCAAAAGACCUAAUACGGUUGAUGACGAGAAGCUGGCUGCGGCCCUGCAGGCUGAAGAGUACAAUGCCAUGCCUAGACCUACGGCUAAGAAGCAGAAGACGAACCAUGGCCGCUCAAAGGCUAAGUACGUGAUAUCUGAUUCAGAGUCCGAGCCAGAGUCAGAGGCGGAUUCAGAUUCAGAUUCGGAGGAGUGGUUCAGUUCAAACGAGCAUGCUACCAAAAAUACUCCCAAGAAAGCAUCAUCCAAGGCACAGAACUUGGCUUCGGUUUCGGACCCUGAGAUGAAUAGCGUGGCCGGGAUGUCUGAUUCUAUGGACUCGAGCGACCCGGACCUGUCAGAGAUGGACUCAGACCUAUACGACUCGGAUUUAGAUUCAGAGGAGAAUUUCUCGAGAAACCUGACUAGAUUCGCGACGGGGGGUCGCUCGACGACGAAAGUAGCAAAGCCACUAAUGACACGGGCCCAACGAGAACGCAAGAAGCUUGAGACCCAACAUCCUAACAUCGUGGAUAUGUGGGAGAAACUAGAGCAGAAACCCAUCCUCUCACCUCCCCCUGCUGCUCAGCCUGAAGGUAUCAAUAGAAAGCUCAAGCCCUUCCAGCUCGAGGGACUCAGCUGGAUGCGAGCCCAGGAACAGUCUGAAUGGAAGGGAGGCCUGCUUGGAGACGAGAUGGGCAUGGGCAAGACUAUCCAGGCCGUUUCCCUCCUGAUGUCGGAUUACCCAAUUGGAAAGCCAUCGUUGGUAGUCGUUCCUCCUGUUGCCUUGAUGCAAUGGCAGGCUGAAAUAGGCUCUUAUACCGAUGGCAAGCUGAAAGUGUUUGUCUACCAUAACGCCAACUCCAAGGUCAAGGAUAUCAAAGCCAAAGAUCUCAAGGCCUACGACGUCAUCAUGGUAUCAUAUUCCGGUCUAGAAUCAAUGUACCGCAAGGAAACCAAAGGCUGGAAACGCGACGGUGGACUGGUCAAAGGCACCAGCAUGCUUCACUCCAUUGACUUCCACCGACUGAUCCUUGACGAAGCCCAUAACAUCAAGCAACGUACAACCAGCGUGGCCAAGGCCUGUUUCGCUCUAAAGGCAACUUACAAAUGGUGUCUGUCCGGAACACCCGUGCAGAACCGAAUCGGCGAGUUCUUCUCUCUCCUGCGAUUCUUGGACAUCAAGCCGUUUGCAUGCUAUUUCUGCAAGUCAUGCAAAUGCGAGGCUCUGCACUGGACACAGGAUGCACAGAAGAAGUGCACCCUCUGCAAUCACAGUGGAUUCAACCAUGUAUCUGUCUUUAACCAGGAGAUUCUCAAUCCGAUUACGGAGCAUCGAAGUGACAGUGUAAAACGCAAGGACGCUCUCAAGAAGCUACGCCUUCUCACUGACAGGAUUAUGCUUCGACGAGUGAAGAGAGACCAUACCUCGUCCAUGGAGCUUCCACCAAAGAGAAUCGAAAUACAUCGCGAAUUUUUUGGAGAAAUAGAGCAAGACUUCUCCCGCAGCAUCAUGACCAACACUACCCGAGAGUUCGACCGCUACGUCAGCCGCGGAGUGAUGCUUAACAACUACGCCAACAUCUUCGGUCUGAUCAUGCAAAUGCGUCAAGUAGCCAAUCACCCGGAUCUCAUCCUCAAGAAACACGCAGAAGGCGGCCAGAACGUGCUAGUCUGCUGCAUCUGCGACGAACCCGCCGAGGAACCUAUCCGGUCUCGAUGCAAGCAUGAGUUCUGCCGCCAGUGCGCAAAGGAGUACAUGGCCUCAGUACAGUACGGGUCCGAACCAGACUGUCCACGCUGCCACUUACCGCUCUCCAUCGACUUUGAACAGCCCGACAUCGAGCAGGACGAAGGAGGCGUGAAGAAGAAUUCGAUCAUCAACCGCAUCAAGAUGGAGAACUGGACUUCUUCAACAAAGAUCGAGAUGCUGGUAUAUGACCUGUACAAGCUACGAAGCAAGAAACGCACAAACAAGUCCAUCGUCUUCUCCCAGUUUACUUCCAUGCUGCAGCUGGUCGAAUGGCGCCUGCACCGAGCAGGUAUUAGCACCGUUAUGCUAGACGGCAGCAUGUCCCCUGUCCAACGGCAGCGUUCCAUCGACUACUUCAUGAACAACGUCGAUACAGAGGUAUUCCUAGUCUCUCUCAAGGCCGGUGGUGUGGCCCUUAACCUUACCGAAGCUUCACGGGUAUUCAUCGUCGAUCCAUGGUGGAACCCAGCUGCAGAAUGGCAAUCCGCGGAUCGAUGCCAUCGAAUCGGCCAGCGACGCCCCUGCGUGAUCACCCGUCUGUGCAUCGAAGACUCCGUCGAAUCCCGCAUGGUGCUGCUGCAAGAGAAGAAAGCCAACAUGAUCAACGGCACUAUCAACAAAGACCAAAGCGAGGCGCUAGAGAAACUGACCCCCGAGGACAUGCAGUUCCUUUUCCGUGGAAACUAA